AUGUUCUUGAAGACACCGAAGGAAGAUGAGGAAACUCUUGCGGUGGUACCCGUCAAUAGUUGCCGGGUUUGCCAUACCGAAACCUUUUGGAAAGUCAAUCUUCUUUCGCUUGUUCGUUAUGAGCGCGAACGAGCAAUCGCCGCUGCUAAAGAAGCGGAUCGUAUUCAAAAUCUGUUUCUACGUAAGGCAGCCAUGAAGGAAAGAGACCUACGCAUGAAUUUCCAGCGGGCAUUGCAUGCGCACGAUGAAUAUGUGAAAUCUUGGAUGGAGAGAAAUCGCACCAUGCGUGGACUUAGCCGUGGCCGGAGUCGCCGACCAAACUAUUAA